UUGAAAGCAGAACAUCACGUGGAUCGCUUUAAUUUAUCAACGACAACAAAUCAUUUAAAAAUUGUAUAGUUCUUUUUUAAUUGGAAAAAUUUGCCAAAAAAAAAUGAGAUACAAGCAUAUUAUUAUCGUUGGUGUUACUCUAAUUUUAAUUGUUUCUUUACUUUCUGGACUAUUGUAUUACUUCAAUCAAGAUAAAUGUUCAGUUGGAUCAUUUCCUUGCGCAAAUAGUACAAAAUGCAUUCUCCAACGACAUUGGUGCAACAAAAAAUUUGAUUGUCCUGGAGGUGAUGAUGAAUCCGAAACAGAAUGUUUCGAUUUGAAUGGAGAUUGGGACAAUAUAUACAAAGAUUAUUUAAAGCCACAAACACCUCCACCGACAUGUGAAUCAGUUAAAGCUCCACCACGAUGUAAAUUUAAACAAUGCCUCGUAACAUGCCACGAACAAGAAGAAAUACCUCCAAAUUUUUCAGUCAAUGUUACAGCAAUAGUGAUGAACAAUAAUUUUUUGACUCAUUUAUCAGCGAAUGUUUUUACCAAUUAUACGAAAUUACAAAAAUUAUUACUGAAGAAUAAUUCAAUUUUUCAUUUAGAAAUAGGAACAUUUAGAAAGCAGACUCAAUUAGAAAAUUUAAUUUUAACUAAAAAUUAUAUUCGUGAGAUCCAUAAAGGACUCUUUGCAGGUUUAGUUUCUCUGCAAAGAUUAUUUAUUAACGAAAAUAGAAUUUCAGUGGCGAAUUUCUCUGAUUUUGAAAACAGUACCUCACUCGGGUGGUUAAACUUGAAUAACAAUUCUAUAACUGUUAAAAAAUUGUCUCUUCCAUAUUUGCCAGUACUCGAUCAAUUGUACUUGGAUGAAAACAAUUUAGAGGAAAUUACAGAAACUCUAUUCGCAGGAUUACCAAAAUUAAAAACCUUAAGCCUAGAAGGAAAUAGAAUAAAAAGUAUUCAUAAAAAUGCUUUUCAGCAUUUUGAGAAUCUCACCGAGUUAAAUUUGUCAUACAACAAAAUAACAAAAAUAGAAUCAACACUUUUUCAACCUCUCAUCAGUAUUAAAAAAUUAUCAAUCGGAUAUAACUCUAUUGAGAAUUUUCCUGUGACUGCAUUUGAUACUCUCAAAGAUUUAAGAUCACUAGGAAUUGAAGACAUUGACUUGAAUAGUUUCGAGAAAAACUUUUUUAAUCUUUUUCCAAAUUUGAGUUUCAUCUACUUUAAAAGAUUUCAAUACUGUUCCAUGUUCGCUCCAAAAGUAAAAAAGUGCCGCCCAAUAAGCGAUGGCGUUUCAUCUCUAUCACAUUUAUUAGGAAAGCCAGUAUUAAGAGCUGCUGUUUGGGGAAUUUCUUGUGUCACGUGUUUGGGAAAUGCUCUCGUUCUUUGGGGAAGAUUGACUGCCAAGGAUGAAAAUCGGGUCCUCAGCAUUGUCAUCAGACAUCUUGCAGUAUCAGAUAUGCUGAUGGGGAUUUAUCUUCUAAUAAUUGCUCUGGAGGAUAUUCGAUUUCGUGAUAAUUAUUAUUUAGAGGCAAGUUCUUGGAUGUCCUCGUGGUCCUGCACUUUUAUCGGAAUUGUCGCAAUGACAUCCUCGGAGGUAUCUGUACUGAUUUUGUCAUUCAUGUCGGUGGAGAGAUUUAUGAUAAUUGCAGCUCCCUUAAAAAGUCAUCGAGCAUUGACUCCGAAAGCUGCUUCAUCCUCAAUGAUAAUUGUCUGGAUUACGGGCAUAACUCUCGCUCUUAUUCCAGUAAUCCAUUGGCGAAGCAGUACCAGAUUUUACGGUGUUAACGGAAUGUGUUUUCCUCUUCAUAUAGACGAUCCUUUUCUUAUAGGUUGGGAAUAUUCCGCAUUUAUUUUCUUGGGCCUGAAUUUCAUUGGACUGUUUACAAUUGGCUACGUCUAUACGGGAAUGUUUGCGAGUAUUUGGCGAACGCGUCACGCCACGCCAUUAUCAGUUGGAGAUUCCGAAUUCGCAUUGAGAUUUUUUUUGAUUGUACUGACGGAUGCUGCGUGUUGGGCGCCAAUAAUUAUUCUCAAAGUUCUCGCAUUAAUGAAGUAUGCAAUACCACCCGAUUUGCAUUCUUGGGUUGUCGUUUUUAUUUUACCAGUUAACAGCGCAGUUAAUCCGUUAUUGUACACUUUUACAACUCCUAAAUUUAGGGAGAGACUUAAUGGAGUUAAAUUUCGAGGGAAAAAAGUGUUGGACAAUUAAUGGCGAAAAUUCACCAUUUGAAGAUUUAUUUAUCAACAUUCCAUUAAUCAAUGUUAGUCAGUGGAUAAUAAAUAUAAUUGGAUUAAUAAUAAAAAGAAUAAUAGAAAUAAAAAAAAUUAUAGUAAAAAUAAUAAUAAUAAUAAUAAUAAAUAAUAGGAAUAAUAAGAAUAUAAUA